AUGCUCCCGUCAAAACUCCUCACUAUCAUACCCCGGAGAAGGGCCCUCUUUACCAAUUUCCACCUCCUCCACCGAUUCUAUCUAUCCACCAAGAACUCUCCAACAGUCCACGCAAACUUCUUCAAAAGAUACGAUUUCAGUGAAUACACCUUCACCCCCACCAACCCGGUGGACGUAGAGUUCGAGCGAUUAGCGAAGGCCCGCCAGUGGAAGGAGAAGGGCAUUUCCAAGCAUAGCAGACUACUAGAGCGCGCUGUCCGUGUGGCGGAGUUCUUUGAGAGGUUCGAAGACGAAGGUGCAGGGGGGUAUGUGUAUGAUGCGGGAAGCGAUAGAGUAGAGGAGUUUUGGCGGAUGUGUAAUGAGAAGGGGUGGGAGGGGAGAACUAUUAAGGAGCAUAAAAAGGAAUUUGAGACGUUGAUCGAGGAAAAGAUCUCUGCGGCGAACGGGGGGGACGAAAACAAGACCGGCGGUGACGAGGCCUUUGAAGGGAAGACUCCUGUUCAGAAGUUCUUGAUGAGGAAUCAGCACCCAGGGUACUCGUUCACUGGCCAGGCCCCGGAGAUUGAGCUCUGGGAAUUACUCCAAGCGGAGAAGAAAGCGUGGGAAUGGAAGACUCGCGGAUGUGCGGGGAGUACAAGGUAUGGGGACACAAAAGAAUUCAAAACCCUCUUGAGAAGAUUCAAUUACGCCAUGGAAGAGAGCCUCGUCCCUCUCCUGGACGGAGAAAAGAAUUCAAACAGCUCAAUGCCAUGGAAAAUCAUCUUCGAGCAAUUCGACCUGGGAAAGCCUCCUACAAAUUUCCAGAAAGCAAAAAAGGUGAGAAAGCGUUUAUCACCUUGUAUCACACGGAGCUCAAUUGAAACUCGCCCACUUAGAUCCUCCGAGAGUUUUAUGUCAACAUCCUAGAUUACCUCGAGCUCGUACACCAGAGCAAGGCCUGUGGGACACCAAGCACCGGCGUUCCCCAACCCGGAUCACCCGCUGAGUUCCACCGCCUGCGGUUCCCGACACUGAGAACCCUCGCGAUAUAUUCCUAUGUAACGGGCAGGGUGUACAGGUGCGGGCAGGAUGGAUUAUUGGCGUUCUUCCUACAGCUUAUCGAGAGGGAGUAUGCUGAGUCUGAGUUUACUGCCGGGGCGAGGAAUCGGGGCUGUCAGGGGGAUCCGAAGUUUCGACAGGAAGUUAGGGAGCUUCUGAGGGAGAUGAAUGCUGAAGAUUGGAGCAAGCUAGAUGAAGAGAUCAAAGAGAGGGUAGGGGAGACAGGAAGUUAGGGUAGGAAUGCAGGGUGAAAGGACUAAGGGGAUAUCAUAUAUCAUAAAUAGGUUAUAGUGGGACACCGGUAUUCAGUAUUGUUAGCGCAAGCUCUUACCAGAUGAUUGGUCGUGGCGACCGCGAUGGGCAGAGAUAUCA